AUGGCAGAGGUAGAACCUUAUCAAGACCCGAUACUAUCGCUCGUAUCGGACCCAAACUUAAACAGAGACGAGUCCAAAUGCACCCAGAUUAUAAAACUAAUACGGGGAAUCAGCGAACGCAAAGUCAAUAAGCUAUGUUCCACAAGUUUCCUCAUAUUGCAGACACUCGAUAAGAUUCAACUUAAAUUUAAAAGCUGGGAGUUUUUAUCGUUGGAUUACAACUCCGCGACCCAUUUCGCGAAUCGAGACGACAAGAUCAAGAUCUUCAAUACCGGUAUUGCCGAUAAGGUCAUUGUUGCAUGUACGGAGUUGAGCAUUAAGCUCGUCAAAAUCUCAUCCGAUAUUGAUUUGGUUAGCCAGCUGUCCAAGACGUUGAGCGUUGGCGACUUGAUGAGUGACGACGGCGCCAUGUUGACGAGCUUGAUCUUGCGGAUCAUCAAGAUGAAGAAUGAAGUUGUCGAGGAGUUGAGUAUAUUCUACCUGAAGGCUAAAUUGAUUCUUAUUGGGCGAGAUUUGGAGGUGUUGAGUGCGGACGAUGAUGAUGAUAAUGAUGAAGGAGGAGGAGGAGAUAGCAUGGUGGACUAUUACAAGAGCUUUAUUAUCGAGUUGUUGAGACAGUUGAACGAUGCGAUUCUAAAUAACGACUUUGAUGCCAAAUACGAAUGUCUUGCUGUUAUUAAUGACUUGGAGAAGAUGUUUGAAAAGUAUAAAUUGGAGCGGAUGAUUGAUAAGAGUAUUGAAGAGCAUGAUCUCGAGAGACUGAGGCAACAGCAACAACAACACAGCAUACGGCAUGAGCAUCAAGAGGAGUAUCGGGCCAGAUCGAACCGGGAUUCGGCUGCUACUACUAGCACUGAGCCAAGAUCAAUAUUCGAUGAUGUCGUCAAUGUCAACGGUGUGGACGACGACAAUGACGAUGCGUUGAAUGACUCUCCCAACAGCCCCGAAGACACCUUUUCUGAAUAUUCCAUGACCUCAACGGCAAAUCUACCCAUGGUCCACUCCAUUACCCACCAAAAACAGCACCAGAAAAAGGAAGACCUGGUUUACGAGUAUGGAUCUAGCAGUAUGUACAAGUCCACCAUCUCGGAGGAAUUGCCCUACUUGAUGACGGCGUUCAGCUCAGCUAAAAACUUCCAGGAGGACAUUAGUCACUACGAACAAGAAAAAACAAAAACAUAUUCACCUCCAAAGCAACCCGAGAAGCGGACCGUGAAGGAAAAAGUCGAGGAGAUUGAGCUGCAUCUGGUUAAAAUGCCCUUUUUCCCCAAGACUAGUCAUUUGCCUCAGAGUGCACUUUAUUCAGAUAGCCAUUUCAUCCAUCAGCCACGUAUGCCGAGUCCCGUGUUGGGCAAUUCUCUCUUGAGGACGUUUGGAAUCCGGCCUCAAGUGAUUAGUGUGCCUGAAGACGCGGUUAAACUGAAGAAAGAGGAGGAUAAUAAAAAGGAGAAGAAGAUGGAGAUGGAGAUGGAGAUGGAGAUGGAGAAGCUGGCGAAAUUAAAGCUCGGUGAUCUGAUUGAGUUUAAGGGUAGAAGAUUCUUGCUUUCGGAAGAGAAUGUUGCACACUUGAGCCAGCUUGAUUGA